AUGAAAGGUGGCUGUGUCUCCCAGUGGAAGGCGGCCGCCGGGUUCCUCUUCUGUGUCAUGGUUUUUGCAUCUGCCGAGAGACCGGUCUUCACGAAUCAUUUUCUUGUGGAGUUGCAUAAAGGAGGAGAGGAAGAAGCUCGCCAAGUUGCAGCAGAACACGGUUUUGGAGUCCGAAAGCUCCCCUUCGCCGAAGGCCUGUAUCAUUUUUAUCACAAUGGCCUGGCAAAGGCCAAGAGGAGACGCAGCCUGCGCCAUCAGCAGCAGCUGGAGAGAGACCCCAGGGUAAAGAGGGCCUUGCAACAGGAAGGGUUCAACCGAAAAAAGCGAGGGUAUAGAGACAUCAACGAGAUCUACAUCAACAUGAACGACCCUCUUUUUACGAAGCAGUGGUAUCUGAUCAAUACCGGGCAAGCUGAUGGUACUCCUGGCCUUGACUUGAAUGUGGCAGAAGCCUGGGAGCUGGGAUACACAGGGAAAGGUGUUACCAUUGGAAUUAUGGACGAUGGGAUCGACUAUCUCCACCCGGACCUGGCCUCAAACUAUAAUGCCGAAGCAAGCUACGACUUCAGCAGCAACGACCCCUAUCCUUACCCUCGAUACACAGAUGACUGGUUUAACAGCCAUGGGACCCGAUGCGCCGGGGAAGUUUCUGCAGUCGCCAACAACAACAUCUGCGGGGUCGGAGUGGCCUACGGCUCCAAGGUCGCAGGGAUCCGAAUGCUGGACCAGCCCUUCAUGACGGACAUUAUCGAGGCCUCUUCCAUCAGCCACAUGCCUCAGCUGAUAGACAUUUACAGCGCCAGUUGGGGCCCCACCGACAACGGGAAGACGGUGGACGGGCCCCGGGAGCUCACACUCCAGGCGAUGGCGGACGGCGUGAACAAGGGCCGAGGGGGCAAAGGCAGCAUCUACGUGUGGGCCUCAGGGGACGGCGGCAGCUACGACGACUGCAACUGCGACGGCUACGCCUCCAGCAUGUGGACCAUCUCCAUCAACUCGGCCAUCAACGACGGCAGGACCGCCCUGUACGACGAGAGCUGCUCCUCCACCCUGGCCUCCACCUUCAGCAACGGGCGCAAGCGCAACCCCGAGGCCGGCGUGGCAACCACAGAUUUGUACGGCAACUGCACCCUGAGACAUUCUGGGACAUCCGCGGCUGCUCCUGAGGCAGCUGGAGUGUUUGCACUGGCUUUAGAGGCUAACCUGGGUCUGACCUGGAGAGACAUGCAGCAUCUGACCGUGCUCACCUCCAAACGGAACCAGCUUCAUGACGAGGUCCAUCAGUGGCGGAGGAACGGGGUCGGCUUGGAGUUUAAUCACCUCUUUGGCUACGGGGUGCUUGAUGCAGGCGCCAUGGUGAAAAUGGCCAAAGACUGGAAAACUGUGCCCGAGAGGUUCCACUGUGUGGGAGGCUCCGUGCAGGACCCUGAGAAAAUACCGCCCACCGGCAAGCUGGUGCUGACGCUCACCACCGCCGCCUGCGAGGGGAAGGAGAACUUCGUCCGCUACCUGGAGCACGUGCAAGCUGUCGUCACGGUCAACGCGACCAGGCGAGGGGACCUGAACAUCAACAUGACGUCCCCCAUGGGCACCAAGUCCAUCCUGCUGAGCCGGCGGCCGCGGGACGACGACGCCAAGGUGGGCUUCGACAAGUGGCCUUUCAUGACCACCCACACCUGGGGGGAAGACGCCCGGGGGACCUGGACCCUGGAGCUGGGCUUCGUGGGGAGCGCGCCCCAGAAGGGGGUGCUGAAGGAGUGGACGCUGAUGCUGCAUGGUACACAGAGCGCCCCGUACAUCGACCAGGUGGUGCGGGAUUACCAGUCCAAGCUGGCCAUGUCCAAGAAGGAGGAGCUGGAGGAAGAGCUGGACGAAGCGGUGGAGAGAAGCCUGAAGAGCAUCCUGGGCGAGAACUAGCCCCUCGGCACCCUCUCCCCAGCGCCAGCCCGCCGCCCCCGCCGGGCACCUAGCAGCGAA